AUGAAAGACAUAGAAAACCAUAACAACGAAGCACCUUCUACAAAUACUACACAAAGCCUAGAUAGUUAUCUAAUUCCCCUAAAAGAAAUAAAAAAGGCAACGGGAGACUUCAAUUUAGAAACGCGGAUUGGAAAAGGCGGAUUUGGUGUUGUUUACAAAGGAGAACUCAGGAAAAAUUUCACAGUUGCCAUUAAAUGCCUUGAUCCUGAAUGUCACCAAGGAAACAACGAGUUUCGUACUGAGCUUAGGUUGAUCUCCAGAUUUAACCAUCCAAACAUCAUCCGUUUUGUUGGUUAUUGUGAUGAAAACGAGAGAAUGAUUAUAGUUUACGAGUAUGCAAGCAACCAUAGCCUUGAUUUUCAUCUCGAAAACCCUAUAAAGAGGCGUUGCCUAACCUGGGUGCAACGCCUCAAGAUUUGCUUAGGGGCAGCAAAAGGACUCGAUUACCUUCACUCGGGUCUAGGGAAAGACAAAAGAGUAAUACAUAGAGACGUUAAGAGUGGGAACAUAUUGCUAGAUGAAAAUCUAGAAGCAAAAAUUAGUGAUUUUGGUUUAUCAAAAGAAGGUCCUAGAAAUCAACAAUCUACCCAAUUCUAUACAAAAGUUGCGGGUACCAACUUCUACUUGGAUCCGGUUUACCAUGAAAGUGGCAUCCUUUCUAAAGAGUCAGAUGUGUACUCGUUUGGAGUUGUAUUGUUUGAACUGUUAAGUGGGAGGUUGGCUUAUCAUCUAACGAAGUUUAUAGAUGGGAACCCACAAUAUUUGAUAAAUCUAGUUCGACGCUACUAUAAUGAGAAACCAGAGAAAUUAAUCGAUCCAUACAUAAGAGAACAAAUUGAUAGCCGUUGUUUUCAUAGGUUCAAAGAACUUGCAUAUCAUUGCAUAAGCUUGAAUUCAAAGGAACGCCCUACGAUGGGCACAAUCAUUGACACGAUUGAGGAUGAGAUGGAUUUUCAAGUAAGUCGUUUUAUGUAA